AGUGAGUGAAAGAGGAGGAGGAGGAGGCGGCUAUGUCUAGAAGGAUCUAAGGGUUCUCUGUCCUCUGUCAUUUCUGCUUGUUCUUUGGGAGGGACAGACUGUGAGCUAUGGCUCAGGCUAAGAUCCAGGCAAAGGCAAACACUGAAGCGCACAAUGCGGGCAAGUUCAGCCGCUCUGUCUCUAUGGCCGCUCGAUCCAACCACCUGUUAGAGGUUCUGGACGAUUUGGAAGGCAGGGUUCAAGCCUUUCGUGAUGCAGCCUCAGCCCUAGAGCUGGAGAAAGAGUAUCUGAUAGAAAAGAUUCACAGUGUGCAGAACAGCCAAGACAUAAGGAAUAUCUGUGAUGGGGAGAGAGAAGAACUAUUUCUAACAGCAGAACGCCUAAUGGGCCGCACCCAUACUGUUGAAGUAUCCGUAGAAACCAUUAGGAACCCCCAACAGGAAUCCUCUCUACAGCAGGCCACCAUGAUCAUUGAUGACAUUGUAAAAAAAGUCAUGGACAACCUAGAAAAUGGCAGGAAGCAAUUAAUGUCGCUGUAUGGAGCUUGCAGCUCGGAUGUUCCAGCAGCACCUGUAGACCAGAAGUUUCAGUCCAUAAUUAUUGGAUGUGCAAUAGAGGACCAAAAGAAAAUAAAGAGGAGGCUGGAAACCCUCAUCAGGAAUAUAAACAACUCGGAGAAGUCAAUCACCUUGCUCGAGCACCAGAGGCAGAAAUCUGCUUUCAGUUUGAAUCACAACAAGACCACGUAAAUCCCUAUAUUGACCAUAUUCCUUUUUCUUUUGCAAGGAUAAUGCAAGAACUGCAGAUAGGAGGAUAGGCAUCUAAAUGUCGUAAAGCUACUGAUAACAUAUUAAAAAUCACCUUUAAUUAAAUGUUCACAUAUAUCA